AUGCGUGCCUCCACUCUCGUCAUUGCCUUCUCGGCCCUCGUUGCCGCCCAGUCCGGUGCCCCCUCGGAGUCCAACGCCUUCACUCUCCCCACUGCCUCGCAGUCCACCGGUGUCGUUCCCACCUCCACCGGCGGUGCUGGCGGCUCCACCGGCGUCGGCUCUUCCACCACCGCCGCCCCCACCAAGUCCACCAGCUCGGGCGGUGCCUCCACCAAGACCGAGGGUGUCACCAAGACCGGCGACGGCUCGAAGAAGAACGGCGCCUCCGGCUCUCCCACCAACUCCGAUAAUGGUGCCCCCAUGGCCACUGCCGGUCCCCUCAGCGGUCUCCUGGCUGGUGCUGCCAUCGCUCUUUUCCUCUAA